GAAGUGACUUCUCCAAAAAGUGUCUUAGUUCUCGGUCACCUGAGCUCGGGGCGAGUCGGCUGCGGUAGGCUUCGCCGAUACCCGCCUUCCCCGGGUCCUGCCUGGAGACCCCGCCCUCCUCUCUGGCCCGUCGCUCCGUCACACCAAACCCUCUAGGGGCCUGUCCUUUCCCUCCUGUCCUUUCUCAGUCGCGGGUCGGACCGGGCCAAGCCGGGCAGCCCAGGCGCGGUCCCUGACCAUGGCGUCUCUCUUCAAGAAGAAAACCGUGGAUGAUGUAAUAAAGGAACAGAAUCGAGAAUUACGAGGUACACAGAGAGCUAUAAUCAGAGACCGAGCAGCUUUAGAGAAACAAGAAAAACAGCUGGAAUUAGAAAUUAAGAAAAUGGCUAAGAUUGGUAAUAAAGAAGCUUGCAGAGUUUUAGCCAAACAGCUUGUACAUCUACGGAAACAGAAAACAAGAACUUUUGCUGUAAGUUCAAAAGUCACUUCUAUGUCGACACAAACAAAAGUGAUGAAUUCCCAGAUGAAGAUGGCGGGAGCAAUGUCUACUACAGCAAAAACAAUGCAAGCAGUUAACAAGAAGAUGGAUCCACAAAAGACAUUACAAACAAUGCAGAAUUUCCAGAAGGAAAACAUGAAAAUGGAAAUGACUGAAGAAAUGAUCAAUGACACACUUGAUGAUAUCUUUGAUGGCUCUGAUGAUGAAGAAGAAAGCCAAGAUAUUGUGAAUCAAGUUCUUGAUGAAAUCGGAAUUGAAAUCUCUGGAAAGAUGGCCAAAGCUCCAUCAGCUGCCCGAAGCUUACCAUCUGCCUCUACUUCAAAGGCUACUAUCUCCGAUGAAGAGAUUGAACGGCAACUCAAAGCUUUAGGAGUAGAUUAGUCAGAAAAACCAUAAUAUUUUGCUUACUUAUAAUUAUUUAGUAUAAACCAGAUUUAGUAUAAGUGCAGAUUUCCUUUUACAAAAAUGAAGACCAUGAGCAAACAGUUGUUUCCUAACCCAUGACUAUUUUGAAUCUUUUACCAAAGAAUGACAAGGAUGCAAAAAUGGGAACAGUUUGGAUUUUAAUUACAACUAUUUAGGAGUGAUGAUAUGUAAAACGUUUGACUUCUUUCCUGCAUGACAUAGAGAAAUUAUAUUCAUUACUUAGUAUUUCUGUUCCAUCUUUUUACACUGAAUACAAAAAUCUUGUUAAAUGCCGCUAGACACCAACUAAAGAGACUUGUAAAAAUACUAAAAAUAUAUCAUUAAUUCUGUGUCUGUUGCUUGUCCUUUUUUAGCGAUAUGUGGUAUGACCAUAGGCAGUUCAGCUGCCAAAUUAUUUUUAAAUCAUCCAAAAGAAGAGUGCUAUUUAAACAUCUGUCUUAAAAACUGUCAUGAGCUUUUCUUUUUUUUCCUUUGGGAGAACAUUUCUAGUUGGUAAGUUUAUUACCUUUCAAAAUGUGCUUGGCACCUGCCUUAAACAGCACAAACAUAUUGUGCACAUCUUUAAAUUAUUUUAACUGACAGAAAAGACUUACAUUUUAAACCAAAAUUAAGGCCUCUUAGAAAAAUUAUCCCAGCUCUCUUUUGUAAAGCUUAUAAAAGUGAAUUGAAUGUAAUUAGCAAAAACAGACACUGAAUUAAUAACAUUUUAUAGUAAUAAAACUAGUUUGGUCUUUCUUCCAAGAACUGAGAAAAUCUUCCCCAUAUGAGAUAUAAUUUAAUCUCUGUUUAAUUUUGAUCUUCAUUAAUGUGUAUAUUGAGCCCUCUAAAUGGAAGCCAUCCUUCUUAAUUUAACACUACUAUGACAAUACUUGACCUAAAUUUUAAAAAUAAUAAAAAAAAAUAAAAUAAAAAAAUAAUAAUAAUAAAAAAAAAUAAAAAAAUAAAUAAAAAAAAAUAGCAUUUUUUCUUGGUAAAUAAACUACAACUUUGUCAGAAAUUACUGCCUAAAUGUGUAUUAAUGUAUUAGUAUUUUUUAAGGUGAAGUUGCUAUGGUAUUUAAUGUAUGUAUAGAAAGUGAGAAAAAAUGAAAUGACAGAUUAGUUAGAGGUAGAAUUUAGGAUUAGGUUAGUUUAAAAAAGUUAUGUUGUAAUAUAUGGGUUCUAGUAUAUCCCACCAUAAAAAACUAUAGAGGAGAUCAGAUAGGUGUAACCUGGUCAAUUUACGAGGAUGGACAUUUUGGUCUAAUAUGGACAACGUAAAUCCAUUUUAGGACUAGCCUACAUGUGGCAUAUGGAUUGGUGGGAAGAAUGAAAAGUUCCAACUAUAUCGUUUAUAAUUCAUAAAUUAUUGUAUGCUGUUCAAAGAUCAGGUUGCAUUAUUGAUAGUAUUAAAUAGUUUCCCUGACCAUUGAUGGGUCAAAACAUUUUACUGGAUUAUGGAAUGUUAACCCAGAACUUGUUUUGAUUUUUGGAUGUACAUAAUGAUGCCAACUAACUUUAUUUACUUUCUUGUUUACAUGCGGGGGCUUUUGUUUUUAAAAAUUAUUUUGUUAAAAAGAAUUCCAAUAAAGAUUUAUUGCUGUUA